UGCAUCGGGGAUUCACGUAUGUACGAGUACUUUAAAAUUAAAAUGUUGUGCAUAUAAAAUACCGUACUUCGUCCUUGUGUGGCACAUUGAAGGCUGAAUUCAAUGUAUCUGCCAUCCCGCGCUGGUCCCCAGAUUUUUCCAUGCUUGACAAAGUUUCGAUUUUUUCAAGAAUCUCGCAUGGAUGUUUAUGGUCUCUUUGUUUGUUAUACAGCCUCAGUAUACUCAGUCUUCGUUUCGAAUAAUCUGGUUUAUUGUGCAGCAUAACAGCAUGCAAUAAAUUCCUGUCUAUUACGUAGUCUGAUCUUUUCGUUUUCGGUUCCAUCUGUGCUGUAAAAAGCGACUGAAUGUUCUCGACUAUUCUGCUUCAUGAACGGGACAUCGCGGUACCUUCGCAAGCUGUUCUCGGGUUCGCGUGAGUUGAAUUACGGGAACACGGUGCUGGUGCAGCGUGAUAACGACCAGUGGUGGUUAGGAUACGUUCAAGAUGUAGACGGUCCCAACUUCUACGUUGAUUUCGAUGCCAGCAGCAUCAGUCCCCAGUGGAUUCAUUCCAGCCGUCUCUGGCCGCACCAUUUCAUCAGUACCAAUCGACACCUCGAAGGUAGCACGGUUCAGAUAGCGCUGCGGCGUACCUGUGUUGAUCCAAUGGUUUUCCUGCCAGGAACCGUCGUGAACGAUAACAUUUCUCCAUUCUAUCAUGUGCGUUUGACUGGUCACAGCCCUGACGAGAUACAAGGGGAGCAUAUCGUACAUCACAAUCACUGCGUCUUAAAACUGCCGAUGCCGGAACAUAAGAAAAGUUUUUUCGAACGAGCUGCCAGAUUUCUUUACAGAAAACACGUUACCUCGGAAGAUGAAAAAAGCUUGGAAGAUGAAAAAAGCUUCUUCGAACGAACGGCGGGCUUCUUGUACAGAAAAUACGUCAUCCGUUUCUCCCAAGCGCAGGCAUUAUCAAAUGUUGAUUUUAUCCCUCAUUUAUUAGUCCGUGGUUGCCGGUGGAUUUUAGGCCGCGGCGAAAGCAGUUGUGACGGUAACUGUUUCUUCACUCGCAGCGUUUGGGUGGACGAACUGCGGUACUAUUGCAAUAAUUCUGGCCACGAUGCGAGUUAUACUAUUGGAAUCGGGUGUCGAGUGUUCGUGCGAGUGGGAUUGGAUGCGGUCACCUUUGUCUGUGCCGAAAUGCGAAAUUUUGAAAAGGGUGUAAGUGUAUCCUGGGAUGAGGAAGCGCUGAGAAAAGUUUGCGAUGGCUAUCUCACACUGGCACUAAAAGCCCAGCCAGUUGAUAAGGACACAACCUCAUGGCAUGCGCUUAUGGAGGGUAUGGAAGAAAUGUCCAUCGGCGAACUCCCGCAUCCGAUCAUAGCGUUUGUACUGCUCUACUUGGAUGAGCAUUCCCAGCUUCGGAUGAGCAGAGUCUGUGCGCUGUGGAGAUUGCUUUCUCGCGAGCCCGUGAACCACCGGCACAUCCUGUUCGAUCUUUGUACAAACUGCGAAAGGCAACCACAAGACUUGCCAGAGCGCCAUGUAAAUGACUAUCUCUAUAACUGCGUCGCAGAUGAAUACGCUCAGUAUCUCGCGUACACACUGGUAGCGUCACUACAGCGCGCAAUCUCCGUACGAACGCAGACGCUGGCGAUGACAGAAGACGGGAAUCACUUGCACGAGGGAUUCGAUCUCGCUUCAAGGAUGAAAAUGACCGCAGCCGUAUUAGCCAGCAAAGGCGUUCGUGUGCCCACAAUUAUAAUUAAGAAUAGCCGGAACGCUUCUGCGCGGGCGUAUGACUUCUUUCUGGAAAUCGAGCGUAGCCUUCAAACUGGAUUGUUAGUAUGCCACGGGUUGCCGAAGGUGAUGGCGGUGUGUGAGCAUUUGGUGCUGGCCAACUUUACGUUCAGCCACUUUAUCACGCGCGCCGCAAACUACCUUUUGGAAUACGGUGGUGAUCCGCCUUUGCCCGAUUCCGAAAGAAAAUUGCUGCGCUGGUAUGACCGAGACAUUGAUCCCUGUCCAAUUACCAUCCCGUAUCUAGGAUUUAGCUCCGUACUUACUGCCUCUGAUCACAUUCGCAUCGUUAUUGCGGCGCUCAACGACCAGUGUCCGGCCGUCAGCCAGCGGGUGAUCGAAAAGGUCAAAGCCAUACAUGCGCGCUGGGUGCGAACGCUAGCCUAUCCGGAUCAGUGGAACAGCAUUGCCGUCUUCCUGUACUUUUUCAAUCAUCUGCGUCCUGGUGACGCACCGAAGGAAUGGGAUACGAUGGAUCUUCGCCAGCUGGACAUCGCUGCGCAGAGCCCUAUCACCUUCGCAGCUCUGGAUGGAUGCUUUGACGACGAUGAUGAUGAUAAGGAUGAUGAUGACGACGACGAGGAGGAGGACGAAGACGACGAUGGCAAUGAGUAAAGCAAACAGAGGAGACCUUUCUUAUUUUUUGCAACCUUUUUGACCUUUCUUAUUUUCCUUGCGUUGACUUUUUUAAUAACUAGUUUCACGAUGUCUUGAUGCCCACUGUGACUGCACCGCGGCAGUGCUGGCUGUGGCAGCACCAAGCGUGGUAAUCAUGUUAUUAUGUCGAUGGCUUUCUUCUGGAUGCUAUGGUUUCAAGUACAAUUUCUUCUGUUGUUGUCAUCAGUGUAAUAAUGAAUGAGAUAAUUGUGUUAAAUGUUAAG